UCGUCCCCCAGAUAUCAAUGUGGUCCUGCGAAAAGUGGUUUGCCUCCUGAAGCCCGAUAAGGAGAUCAUCCACACGGGAGACCACAUGGUCAUCCGCACGAUCACCUCCCUUCGGGACUACGUUAUGGAUUUCGACCUGGGAGUCCAGUUUGAGGAAGACCUGGGGCCUGUGGAUGGACGCAAGUGCCAGACAACCGUGUCCUGGGAGGGUGAUCAGCUGGUGUGCGAGCAGCUAGGAGAGAAGAGGAACCGGGGCUGGAGGCACUGGCUGGAGGGGGACCGGCUGCAUCUGCGCAUGACGGCCGAGGACGAAGUCUGCGUUCAGGUCUUCCAGAAAGUGAAGUGAAGAGGAUGCCCGGGCCGGACCUUGGCUCUCGAGUGCGAACCGCGGCGGAUUAAAGCAGCAAAACACGGCGGGAGCCAGCCGA